AUGGCAGAGGGAGAAGUGUUAUACGACUUUUGCGGCUCGACUUUCUGGGACUUAAAUGUUACAUGGCACACAGACAAUCCAGACUUUACGCAUUGUUUUGAGCGAACGGUAUUAGUAUGGAUACCGUGUGCUUUCCUGUGGCUACUAGCACCUCUAGAAACACAUUACCUCAUCCAGAGUGUAGAUCGACUUAUACCAUGGAGUUGGUUAAAUAUUUCAAAAUUGGCUGUGUCGAGUGUAUUAGUACUUAUCCAGUUUAUAGAGAUAUUUUAUGCAGUUCACUUAAGCAACAUAGGGGAGAACGUACCAGGUGUCUUGUAUUUGACCCCCAUUGUAAUUUUACUCUCACUGGUACUACAGAUGGUAUUUAUCGUGAUGGAAAAGAAGAGAGGUAUACAGAGUUGUGGCUAUCUCUUUGUUUUUUGGCUGCUUCUGUUUCUUUGUGGGUUACCUGAGUUUCGUACUUAUAUCGUUAAUGCCCAGGAUGAGACAGCAGAAUAUCAUACCUUGACGUUUGGAACGUACAUGGUUCAUUAUCCCUUGGUUGUUGUCAUUUUGAUUUUGAACUGUUUUGGAGAUGCACCUCCCCAGUAUGUAGAUUAUCCACGUAGCGAGAAAGUGUGUCCAGAGGUCAGUGCUUCCUUCCUAAGCCGCACCACCUUUGCAUGGGUUGAUGGCUUGAUUUGGAAGGGCUACAGACAACCUUUAAAAGAAGAAGAUCUUUGGGAUCUUUCUUAUGAAAAUGCGGCACAUACCGUUGUGUCAAAAUGGGAAAAGAACUGGCAGAAGACAAAAGCAAAAGCUUACAAGCAAUUCUGGGAUAAUUUUGGGAAAGGAGAAUCCCACACGUCUGCUACCUAUGCAAAUAACUAUGCACAUGUUGAAAUAUCUGGAACUUCGGGUGAUAAAGAGUAUCUCUCCAUACUUCCUGCAUUAGUGAAGACCUUUGGCCCAUCUUUCUUUUUUGGUGGUAUAUUAAAGUUUUCCCAUGAUGUGUUGCAGUUUCUGAGUCCACAGAUCUUAAGUGCUUUAAUUAAGUUUACAGAAAGCUCUGCAGAAGAUACACCCAUGUGGCAUGGUUACUUGUACGCAGCUCUGAUGUUCAUUUGCGCUCAAAUACAGUCACUGUGCUUAGGGCCAUUAAUUCAUGAGAAUGUUUCAGAAAAAGUUGGUCUAAGAAUGAGAACAGCGAUUAUAUCUGCUGUGUAUACUAAGGCUAUGAGAAUAUCAAAUUCAGCAAAGAAAAAGUCAACUACAGGAGAAAUAGUCAACUUGAUGUCUGUAGAUGCACAGCGGUUUAUGGACAUCACAACUUACAUCAACAUGUUAUGGUCUGCACCACUGCAGAUUGGCCUUGCUUUGUAUUUCUUGUGGGAACUGUUAGGGCCCUCAGUUCUUGCAGGACUUGCCGUUAUGAUCAUUGUCAUACCCAUAAAUGGAGUGAUUGCCAAAAAAACAAAGGACCUUCAGUUGAAGCAAAUGAAAAAUAAAGAUCAUAGAGUAAAGCUCAUGAAUGAAAUUCUCAAUGGAAUAAAGGUUUUAAAGCUUUAUGCUUGGGAACAAUCAUUUGAAGAACAGGUGCUUCAGGUUCGAGGUAAAGAAAUAAAAGUUUUGAAACAAAUGGCUUAUCUUACUGCUGGCACAUCUUUUAUUUGGACCUGCACACCUUUCUUGGUAUCAUUGGCUACAUUUGCAACCUAUGUCAGUAUCUCUGAUGAACAUGUGUUGGAUGCAAAAACUGCUUUUGUUUCCUUGUCGUUAUUUAACUUGUUAAGGUUUCCUAUUGCUAUGUUACCUAUGCUCAUCUCAAGUUUAGUUCAGGCUAGUGUGUCGCUGAAGAGGAUGAAUAAAUUCAUGAAUGUGGAUGAACUUGAUCCAAACAGUGUUAUUCAUGAUACCCAAGAAAGCAGGCCUAUUGUGGUUGAGAAUGGUACCUUUGCAUGGGGACAUGAUGAGGAUGAUAGUAAGCCAGUGCUCAAAGGAAUCAACCUCUCUGUUAAUGAUGGCUCAUUAGUAGCUGUUGUUGGAAAUGUGGGUGCUGGAAAAUCCUCACUCUGCUCUGCUAUUCUUGGGGAAAUGGAAAAGCAGUCUGGCAGAGUAAAUGUCAAAGGCAAAAUUGCUUAUGUUUCACAACAAGCUUGGAUUCAGAAUGCCACCCUGGAGAACAAUAUUCUUUUCAACCAGAGUAAGGAUAAUAGCAAAUACGAAAUGUGUAUUAAGUCAUGUGCAUUAAGAGCAGAUCUUGAAAUGCUUCCAGCUGGUGAUCAGACAGAAAUCGGUGAAAAAGGUAUAAAUCUAAGUGGUGGGCAGAAGCAACGCAUUAGUCUUGCACGUGCUGUUUAUAGUGAUGCAGACAUUUAUCUGCUUGACGAUCCAUUGAGUGCUGUUGACUCACAUGUUGGGAAACACAUCUUUGAACACGUAAUUGGCCCCCAAGGAAUUUUGAAAAGGAAGACUCGCAUCCUAGUGACACAUGGUUUGACUUAUUUGUCGCAAGUAGACAAAAUAAUCGUUUUGAAAAAUGGCGUAAUUACUGAGGAAGGCACUUACAAAGAGUUGUUAGAGAGAAAGGGAGAAUUUCAAGAGUUUCUUCUUCAAUAUCUUACUGAAAGUGCACAUAAAGAGGAUGACAUAAUUUAUAUUAAUAAACAGCAGUUUGCUUUCAUCUCUAAAAGUUAUGCUAAAGUUUUUACUGUCCUGCAGUUUAUAUUAAUAAACAGCAGUUUGUGCAUGAUGAGUCCAAUGAAUGGCAAUGAUUCUAAGAUUGCUAGGGUGGGACCAGGAAAAGAGUACAGCUCUGCCAGAUCUAUUUAUCCUUUUAGAUCUCAGCCUUGA